AUGAGUUUGCGCCAGCUGUCCAACCGGACAAAGUUUGAAAGGAUCUGCAGAGAAACCCUUGAACGUGCCGUCCUUGGCCAGCUCUCCCGCUAUCUCUCUCAGAAUGACCUUCUUGAUCCAAAUCAGUCAGGUUUCAAGACUAGUCAUUCAACUGAGACUGCUCUUCUCUGUAUCACGGAGGCGCUCCGCACUGCUAAAGCUAACUCUCUCUCCUCUGCUCUCAUCCUUCUAGACCUAUCGGCUGCCUUCGAUACUGUGAACCAUCAGAUCCUCCUCUCCACCCUCUCCGAGUUGGGCAUCUCCGGCGCGGCCCACGCUUGGAUUGCGUCCUACCUGACAGGUCGCUCCUACCAGGUGGCGAAUCGCAUCUCUGCAUGUCUGGCAGACAUAUCAGUGUGGAUGACGGAUCACCACCUCAAGCUGAACCUCGGCAAGACGGAGCUGCUCUUCCUCCCGGGGAAGGACUGCCCGUUCCAUGAUCUCGCCAUCACGGUUGACAACUCCACUGUGUCCUCCUCCCAGAGCGCUAAGAACCUUGGCGUGAUCCUGGACAACACUCUGUCGUUCUCAACUAACAUCAAGGCGGUGGCCCGUUCCUGUAGGUUCAUGCUCUACAACAUCCGCAGAGUACGACCCUGCCUCACACAGGAAGCGGCGCAGGUCCUAAUCCAGGCACUUGUCAUCUCCCAUCUGGAUUACUGCAACUCGCUGUUGGCUGGGCUCCCUGCCUGUGCCAUUAAACCCCUACAACUCAUCCAGAACGCCGCAGCCCGUCUGGUGUUCAACCUUCCCAAGUUCUCUCACGUCACCCCGCUCCUCCGCUCUCUCCACUGGCUUCCAGUUGAAGCUCGCAUCCGCUACAAGACCAUGGUGCUUGCCUACGGAGCUGUGAGGGGAACGGCACCUCAGUACCUCCAGGCUCUGAUCAGGCCCUACACCCAAACAAGGGCACUGCGUUCAUCCACCUCUGGCCUGCUCGCCUCCCUACCACUGAGGAAGUACAGUUCCCGCUCAGCCCAGUCAAAACUGUUCGCUGCUCUGGCCCCCCAAUGGUGGAACAAACUCCCUCACGACGCCAGGACAGCGGAGUCAAUCACCACCUUCCGGAGACACCUGAAACCCCACCUCUUUAAGGAAUACCUAGGAUAG